AUGCCGCCACGUAUCAAUCUCUUCACGGCCAGCAAGGCCCUGCCCGCUUUCCGCCCGUCCACAUCGUCGUCCAUCUGCUCCCGCCUGAGCAUCAACCGGCCUCUUGCCGCAUCGCCCGUCCCAGCACAGAGACGAUGGAACUCGUCAAAGUCGGAUGAGAAGGAUGUUUCGGAACGGCCCAAGGCCCCGACGGAGGAUCAGUUGCCACAUAUUAGCGAGGAGGCUGCGCAGAUGGACAAGAUCCUGCAUGGCAAGAAGUAUGCGGCGGGAUCGAGCCCAGAGUUGGAGCAGGGGACUCCCAUUGCUGAGAUUCUACAACGCGAUGAAGAGGCCCUCAAGCAUAUGCCCAAAGUGAUGCAAGAUCAACUGAAGCGGUCAUCCGGCACCCGGUCCUUCUCGACAUUCACGCGCCGGUACCAGCCAGAACUCCAGGGCCAGGAUCUGCCGGAUCCGUCGGCCGCCGUGGUCGCCAACAUGAUCUCCCAGGUCAACCAGGAGGUGGCCGAGCUGCACCCCGGCCUCAAGUUUCCUGCGCCGGAGACCCUGCCCAAGACGGAGAACUUCCGUACGCGAUAUGAUCCCUUGCUGGAUCAGUUUACAAAAUUGCUCAUGCAGGACGGGAAGUUGAGCAAGGCCCAGAAGAACAUGUCUUUCAUCCUGGAUCACCUCCGCACCGCUUCGCCUCCUCAACCCCACCCUAAGCGUCUUCUCCUCCCCGGGCCCCCCGGCCCUCAGCUCCCCCUCAACCCCGUGCUCUAUCUCACCCUGAUCGUGGACUCGGUGGCUCCGCUGAUCAAGAUCCGUCAGCAGAAGGGGAUCGCGGGUGGUGGUGCCGCCGUGCAGAUCCCCGUGCCCCUGGCUCUGAGACAGCGCCGGCGAACGGCAAUCCGGUGGAUCAUCGAUGCCUCGGACAAGCGGCGGGACAGCACCUUUGCGCAGCGGGUGGCCAACGAGCUGGUUUCUGUGGCGGAGGGCCGCAGCGGCGUGUGGGACAAGAGGGAGGCGGUGCACAAGCUUGGUGUCUCGGGUCGGUCGAAUCUUAGUAUGGCCAUGCAGCGCCGGUAG